AUGUAUAUUUAUAUAAAAAAAAAAGAGGAAAGAGAGAUGGGUAUAAUAAAAUUACAUUUUCUAUCAAUACUAUUAAUAUUAUCAACAUUAUUAUUAUUAUUGGUAAAUGCACGUACAAGUAAUACCAAACACUCCGAUAUUGAAUCAUUUCAAUUCCCAAUAUCAAAAGUCUCAAAAGAAGGUUAUGGAACACUAUUAACAACUGAUACUAUUUAUGGUGGUCAAAAUGGACCAGUUUCAUCCUAUAGAAAUAUAUCUGGAAACUUUUUUGGAAUGAUUACUCCAAUUAGAAUUGGUAAUACUGAAAUUAAUGUAUUAAUUGAUACUGGUUCAUCAUAUUUGAUUAUACCAAAACAAGGAUGUCAAUCAUGUUCAUUGAAUAAACCAUUUUAUGAACCAUCACAAUACUCUACACCUAUUCAUUGUGCAAGUAAUGAUUGUAAAUCGAUUUCUCGUAUAAAUGAUCCAUGUAAUAUGGGUCAAAACAACGAUCGUUGUUAUUCACCAUUUGCCUAUUCCGAUGGAACUAAAUACAUUGCCGAAGUGACUCAAGAUGUUUUAAAUGUUGGAAAUAGAGCUAUAAAGGUAAUAGUAGGUGGUAUCAUUAGUGAUUAUGGUGCUAAAAUUCAAAAUAUGAGAUUUGGUAUAAUGGGAAUUGGUAGAUCUUGUCCAACAUGCCCACCAAAUUUAAUAGAUUCUAUUUCAAGAUCAACAGGUAUUAGUAAUGUAUUUGGAUUGAAAUUAGAGAAUAAUUAUAAUGGUAUAUUUACAGUUGGUAAACCUGUAGUAAAUGCAGGUGAGACUUUUAGUUUUACACCAAUCAAUGAAACCAUCUAUAGAGAAUAUGUAGUCAAUAUCGAUAGUAUAUCAUUUGAUGCAUUCCCAAUCAACACCUUUUCAUCUUCCAAACCUGUUCAAUUGCAAUCUAAUAUCAAUCCAACCAUUCUUGAUAGCGGUACUGGUAUCUCUUAUUUUACAACUGAAAUUUAUUAUUCAAUUGUUCAAAUGGUUUCUCUAUAUUGUUCAAAAUCUCCAACUGAAUGUUCUGGUUUAAUUAAUAAUUGUUUUGUAUUUAAAAAUCCAUUAUUUGUUCAAAGAUUACCAGUAUUGAAUAUUUUAUUUAGUGGAGGAGCAAGAUUAUCGGUUCCACCUGAAAUCUAUACUGCAAAGAUUCAAAGUAAUAUUCAUUGUACUUCUUUUAUUCGUUCACCAAAUCAUGAAAAUUUAAUUGGUCUAUCAUUUAUGAAAAAUAAUUAUGUAUUAUUUGAUAAUGAAAAUAAUCAAAUUGGAUUUUUAAAUAAAUAA